ACACACACACACACACACGGUUUAGUUUGCGUCAGGUGGCUGUUGUGCGAUUAUUAUUAUAGAUUUAAGGCAUACUGAGUGCUAGUAGGCAAACGGCCUUCCGACGUGGGUGAGAUGAGUGAGUGGUGGCCGCGUGGGUAGCGGCAAAGCACUAGCAUUAAAGCAAUCAUGUCAAGUCGCUGCUCGUGGCUAAGGGCUGGGAAGGCAGGAUCUUCGCUAACCAGAAUUCCUAUUCCCUGUCUGGCGCCUCGUAACUCCACAUGACCACAGACGCUUGGAGAUGUCUGCCGCGGACUGUUAGAACACUAAACUGACUGUUGAUCAAGAUUAAGGCGAAUAAACGAAAAAGAUAUCAGUCGAGACAAGGCAGCUGAUGUGUCUCGAACACCAUCUGCCAUUCCUGAAGAGCGGGGAUGGUCAGGUCAUCUAAUAUAUCCUUAACAUUUUUUUUUUUUUUUUUUAUUAGAUUUUAUCACUUACCCACUAUGUGUGCGGGGGGGUUCACAAUAAUGAUUUCCUUUUUGACUUUAUGAAACGAACAAUACAGCGAGUAAAUUUUGUGUGCAGCACUAUGAUAUGAUACACAUUAAUCGGUGGUGGAUGUGAUGUAGUAGCUGGAGAUAAGCUUUGUUUGGGAGGGAAGGUGUAUGCUUCACUCGGUCUAAUUUCUUACCAUUAUAUUUACAUUGAUACUUUUUUUAGGGGCUGGCUCCUUCAUUGUGUUUUCAUUUCGCCUUUGUUGCCCCUGCUCAGAGCUCCUCUUACAUGAAAAAAAGGAAAAAUCAUGAAUUGGUGCGAUGAGCCGGUCAGGAUGGUAGUGGUUGGUAGCUUACUGCUAUAAUCGCAAUGCUAUAAAUGUAAUAAAGGGUGUGAUUUUCCUUUUUAUUUUCCAAAGUUUCAUUAAACAGAUGUUAAUAAAGCAGACUCUCGUCGCUCCUCGUGACGGCAGAUCUGCCAAAGAAUAAGAGGCGGCCUUCGCUGGCCUUCCCACGAGAAGGCUCGAGGAAGGAGAGGCCCAGACUGUCUUGUACAAUGGUCAAAGGCCUUGAAAGAUCUGAGUUUGUUUGGCGUAUUUGUGGACGUUGUUUUUCGUUUGAUAUUUGAGUGACUUUGCUUUACCAAGGAAGAAUAUUCUUCACAAUAGAAAAAAUCAGUGUGUAUAGAGUAAAGAAAAGAAUGAAACAGACUUGUGCCACACCAUUGUGACAGUAGUGGGAGUGAGGGGCGAGAGUCGCCACAACGUGCUGGUACCAACUUAGCUUCAGUGAAUGAAACUCAAGAGGAAGAUAAAAUCCUUUUUAUUAGCCCGUAGUGGCAUUGUAUCACACGAGCACACACCCCACUAUCCCAUCACCAGCACCAGCACCAGCACCAGCACCAGCACAACGAUUACCACCACCUGCACAACUUUAGUCACUUCAGACAACUCCUCCAUCACUGUCGCUGCCUCUGCCGCCAAGAUGCCUCGCGACUAUCCAUCGGAAAGUAAGUCCAUGGUGGACCUCAAUUCCCCCACAUCGAGCGAUGACAAUUACAAGAACCUAUAUAAAACCCGAUCAGUGUGGGAUGUGGCUUCCAUAGAGGGAUUCCGACGGAAGAUCCUACAAACGGGUUUGCGUUCUCGCUCUCCACUAAGCAGAGGACGACACGGCCAGUCUCGUACAGUAUCUGCGCCAUCAUCAUCGUCUGGCGGAGAGAGACAGUCACGUCCAAAAAAACUGUCUACUGUUCAGUUUGCCGAAGAUGUGGGCAGUGACAAUGACAGCAGAAUUCGGUCCUUAAGCUCCACCGGCCCGCCGCCGGUCAGGCCGUCCCGCUCCUCUGGAAGCUCCUCUGUCUCCCUUCUCACGCCUGAGCCCAUCUCCACCCUAGCAGAGCGUACGGAAUCAGAGUCUGAUGUCUUCGUGAGUGAGUGUGCCAUGAAAGAGGCACAGUCCAUGAUGUCUCUUUCUCGCCCUCAAGGAUCAAGCAACUCUUCCGAAGAGGACGCCAAAGGACUACGUAAAAGAUCUUAUGUUUCGCAUGCCCUGAAGAACCUCAGCCGCAGCACCCCUGCGAUGUCCCCCUCAGCGUCGCCCCGCCACAGCGACAGCGAGGGCCAGCUGAGGGUGUCCAAAGGCACGAAGAAAUUCAUGAGGCACUUCGCAGAGGCUCCCCCUAGCGAAUGGGUCUUGAAUUACUUCUCUUGUGCCCUUGUGUCAGACAUUCUUCUUCAGGGGACCCUUUACAUCACACACAACUACUUCGCCUUCUACUCCAAGAUCUUUGGACAUGUUAGUCGGUUGCUGAUCCCUGUAACACAAGUUGCCAGCCUACAAAAAGAACGGACUGCCAAGAUCAUCCCCAAUGCUGUGGGCCUACAAAUGCUGGAUGGCAAGAACUAUGUAUUUGGCUCCCUUCUUUCAAGAGAUUCAACUUACAAACUUAUGUUGCAUAUUUGGAGAAAAGCACAGAGGAUGGCAGAUAGUGACAGUGAACCUCCAUCAGGGGUUCAAGUGGCUGCAGAGGAUGAUGGUGAAGAUUCAGUGUCUGGGAGUGCAAACAGUCUAGAUCAGACUGAUAGUGGUUACCUGGUUUCCACUGCAGUCAAUAGCCUGGGCAGUGUGCCUUCCCCAGUCACCACUACACCCUGGACAACAGAAGAAGUUACAUCCACUACAAAUGCCACCACUGCCACAAAUGUUUAUAGCACCAUUGACAACAGUAUACCACCUACUGGUAAUAACAUUCCAAUGAAUAGUUCAACCAGUACUUCAGAUUCUACUUUAUUACUGGGAGGUGGUGUGGUGUCUGGAAAAGUAUGUGCUCAUGAGGAAACUAACAGUAACAGUGCUACUGCUAACAGUGCAAGUGAUGGAAAGGAAAACAGCAGCAUGAAUAUUCUUGAAUGGUUCACACAAGGAUCUUUGGUGAAAACAUGUUUCAAAGUGGGAAGUGUCCCAAUGAAGCUGGUGGGAGAGGGAGUGAAGGAGUUAUGGUCACUGCCAAGGACAUCUUUGCUCUUACUUAUUUCAACACUGCUGCUUCUCAUGCUCUUCGCCUCUGCUGCAUUCAUGCUACACCGUGUGGAUCUCUUAAGUCAACAAAUAGGCCUUGAAAAGUAUGCUGAAUAUGACAGCAUGUAUGAGGAAGUACUACAGAUGCAGCAGAGACUCCAUGCAGCUGCUUCAACUGAAAUAGAGAAAACCCUUACCAUCCAACUCAAACACAUAGCUACGGUGCGGCAGUCCUUAGAAGCCUUGAUGGUGUUAUUCAACAAGGACUUCCCCCUAGAAGCAGCACAGAUUCCAGACAACACGUAGCAGUAACUGCAAAAAAAGUUAUAUUUAUUUCCUGUAUGUAUAACCUGACCUCUAUAGAAUACUUAAGCCAUCCUUCUAGGAUGAAAUGUCCAAGACCUGAUUACUGAGGCAUAAAGGUUGUUAUAAUAUUCGGGUAACGGCUAUGGCCAUCUGUCGGUGGUUAGACGGGCAUGUUAUAGAUUCAGUGGUUGUUAAAGGCCAAAGGAAAUAUACUACUACCCCCUUCCAUGGUUAAAGAUUACAGGUUUGUGAGUAAAAAGAGAAUUUGUUUUAGAAUUCCCUGUUCCUGAAGUAGUAAGAAAAUUUCUAUUUUGUUAUACUACUGUCAUACACUAUUGUUUAUGUAUCAUCAUCUCAAAGCUGCUGGUACAUUUUCCUGGAUUAUAACAUGAAGUGCAAUUGAAAGCUUGUCUAUUAUGUAUUAUGUAGAAUACAUAUAUAUGUACAUUUAUGUAUAGCUAUGUUAUUUAUGAUUAAAGUUCUAUUCAAAAUAUAAUAUAACAGGGGCAAGUUGCAUAAUAUAAUUUGCAGAGAAGUAUGGCCUGGAUAAUAAGUAAUUAAAUCUUAAAAUGUUGAUUCAGUACCAUAUUUUUACCUAGUCAUGUUUUAAGGUCAGUAAAAUCAUCUUUAUCUUACAACCUACUUAGCCUAUAUAAAAUCUCCAAAACCAAGGCAUAUUAAUCUUGCUCUUGGUUUCAGCGACAAAAGAUGCUACCUUUUACUGAAGAUAUAAAACAUGAUUGAUUGUAAAGUGCCAUAAAGGGUUUGCCAUAAAUCUAGUCAAUGAGUAGACUAAAUACUAUAUCACAUCUACAUACCAAAGCCAUAUGUGGCUCACUACUGGUCAAUACUUAAUGUACUACAACAUGAAAUAUCUAAUCUAUUUCAAAUUUGUAGAUAGCAUUUUUUUCUAAAUCUUUGGAAUGGUUGUGAUUUGAACACCAUUUUAAUCAUCUCACUUUUAUGUAGAGUUAAGAAUAAAACACCUGCAUUUUUCUUCAUCAGUGGUGAUAAAGUCAGAAAGUAUUAAUUUAUUGAAUAUUUGUUACUCUGUUGCACACAGUCCCUCCCAAUUCAGACUUCAUGUUGUGGACCAAAGUUAUUUACUCCUGUAAUGUACUACACAACUUUUAUCUGCUAAAGGAUGGCUCCCCUUCCUGUGGCAUUGCUUUAUGGAAGAUAUGCUUCCAAUCUUGCCUUUUUUCUGGCAAUAUAACAUUGUUUCAUCUGUACUGUAUUAUAUUUUCUUACACAAUCUGAAACUUUGUCCACUUUUUGCUGUGAUAUUCAGCUCAAGGGUGAAGCAUUAGUGAUUUCUGAGAUCAAAAGUCUCUAAGACCCAUGAUAGUAAGGGUCAUACCUGCAGUCAUCAAGUCAUGAAUACAAAUUAAAGUAAAUGCUGUAUUUAUUUUAUGACCUACAUAUUAGGUUUUAGUUUUUUGUACAGUAUACAUGUGUAUAUGAUUUAGGAUUAGUGUUUGUAUAGCAUGUCAUGAUAUGGAGAAUGAUGAGUAGAUAAAUUAAAGAGAACCUUGUCAUUUUAAUUCACAAAUUUUAGAAAAUAUUUUGUCCUAAGUGCAGUAUAAAAUACUAUUUUGAUUUUGAAAAGUGGUAGUAAAUGGCAUAUAUGAAAACACCAUCUCUUUUGGAUGUUCACAGUUUGUGAAAAGUGAUGUGACAUUUGGAUGUAUAGUUCUCUAAGUUGCAUAAUGUCCUGGCAGAGGCUGCAAAUUAAUUACUAUGUGCUUAAAUCCUUAAUGUUGUAGCUAUAUGUUGCCAAUACCUUAUAUAUGUUGUAGCUGAGGCACAAAGCAGGACAAAUAGCUACAUCAUACAUUUAGUGUUUAUUUCACCUUACAUAAAAUAACAGCUCUAUAAUAUCAUUACAGCUCCAAACAGUUCCAAAUAGUUUAGUUUUAUCAGAAAGAAGAUUUAUGGGUGCUGACCCCACUUGUCUCUGGUCUAAUAUGUAUUAUGUACUGCAGAGUGUUACAACCACUUCACUGGUGGUAUUCAUUGGUUUGUAUCUUGACUAUAGUGGCAGAGUACUGGUAUGCAUCAUCUGAUUGGUGAUAAAGAAAUUGUACACUAAUGCUGACAGAAAAUCUAGCCCUUGAAAGUGAUUCCAAUCUUAGACUUAGUAUUAAUGCUUUUAAAUUGUUGUAAUGUGCAUAUGAAUAAAGUUCUAUAUACAAUUGUUCACCUGUUGUCUAGCAUAAUUGGUUCUUGAGGCACGAACUCAGAAUGUAUUCAUAUGAUAUGGCAGGACACUCCAUAAAAGAUGAAUAGAA